AUGUUUUGGGUCUUGGCGUCUGCCUACUUGGCGACCAGCCUCAGCGAGACUAUUCCGUGCACCGACAAGCCGAGUUGCAUCGAGUUCCUGAAAGAUUGGCAAAAUCACCGGUCAGAUUCGGGGAAGCCGAGGGCUGUUUGGGCAUGGACGCACUUGGGGGCUGCAGGUGGCGGUCUCCUCCAUUCGGACGAGUGGUAUAGCCAGACAGACUGCUUCGUUGAGGCUUUGAAGCUCAACAUCAGCAAUGCCGAUGCAUGGUCCCAUUUGGGUGUUGCCUUACAAGGGACUUUCGGGGUUGCGUCUCUGCACCGCAAGUCCUACAACGCAUCCGACUGCUUUGUGGAGGCUGUGAAGUUGAACCAAACGAAUCCAAGAGCGUGGUCACACCUGGGCACAGUUGGUGGGGGGUGGGUCAACUCCAAAUGGCACAGUCAGAUGGAUUGCUAUAUCAAGUCUCUCGAGGACAGCGAUGACGCAGACACCUGGGUAAACUUAGGCACGGCAGGUGGCGGCAAGGUCAAGGAGAAAAGAUACAGUCCAAGGGAGUGCUAUGAAAAAGCUCUUUGGUUGAACAACGAGAGCUCCACCGUUUGGUAUAACCUCGGCAAUGAUGGAGGUGGGAUGGUACGUGGCGAAGAUGUGAGCAAUUGCUCCUGCUACUUGCGCUCAUUGAACCUCGACCCCAAGUUUCCUCACGCAUGGCUCAAAGUGGGCAAAUGUGGCGGUGGCAAGGUGACGGGCGCUUGUGAUGGCAGGAAGUGCAGCCGGAAGCAUUGCUACGAGAGGGCCGCGGAGAUUCAUCCAAGGUUCGGAGAGGCGUGGGAGGCUUUGGGCGGUGUCGGCGGUGGCGAAGUUCACGGCGUGAAGUACACCUCGGAAGACUGCAAGUCAAAGGCCCAGGCCUUGCUGGCCCGGGAGGAGGCCGAGGGCUGGUACGGCUUUGGCGUGGCCGGUGGCGUCCGCCAAAGCAACGGCGUCCACUACAGCAAGGAGGAGUGUUUCAAGAAGGCCGAAGAGCGUUUUGACAAAGAGCUGUAUGCCGGCGUGUCCCACCUCUCCAUACACAGUGCUCAGGCUUUCCGGGUCAUCGCAGGAGCACUCCUGGAUCGUGGAAGUCCCGGGCACCGCAAGUUCCAGGCUUUCAUGAGGGCGGUCUUUCACGCGUGCCACCCAGCGUCCCAGUUGUGCCUGGUUGAGGAGGCCAGGCAGGAUGACUUUGCGGAUAUGCUCAGCCGCCACAUUUACGUUGGCAAUCAUCCCGCGCCUCUGGAAACGAUUCAGGCAGUCUUGAUUGGAGCCGUGAGCCACAAUGUUGCUGCAUGUCAUGCAGUUCAGCAAGCAUGCCGAGCCAGAUGA